AUGGCGGCAUCGUUUCAUUUAGAAGAAGAUAUUCUGGAUUGCCUAUUGGACUGGUAUCCUCGUCAAAUACUCCAACGAGACCGACAUGGAUUGCGUCCCAUGGAUUACUUACUUUGGAAUACUGCGAGUGCAACGACGGUUUCUCUCAUCAAGAUGAUAUUGCGCAAAACCAUUGUUUCCACCAUUGCCAGCUGGAGGGGAGGCGAUAAACGGCAAGAAGAAUUGAAUGCUCGAUUGGAUUCCAUACUGAAAGUGGACGAUCCUGUUGGCGAUCGAAUCCAGCAUGUUCAUGAUUUCCUAGAAUAUGCUGGGUACUAUGUGAGGUUGCAACCGACAUUUGUUUUGGAAUUGACAAUGUGGAAGUGGAGAAUGACGUGA